AUGUUUGAUACUCUUGGACUCAUUUGCAUGAUUUGGUGGUGUAUGAUGCUGUUUCAUCCCUUGCAUGCUGACAUCCAGUGCAUCGGGGAGGCACAAGAAUCACCUAUUACAAAUGUGAAAAUGAAUUGGAGAAAAAUGGAACUGUCCUGGGAAAGCAGCAAGAAUUUCUUUAAGUACAAAUGUACCAUCAUGAACAGUGACAUGGAACGUGUACCGAGAGAGGUGAAUAGUUCACUAUGCAGGUUUCCAGUGGAACAAUACAUAUCUCUGCACAAAGGAGUAUUCUUUAUCAUUGAAGUGCCAAACACAAACAUCUCAAAAACCUGCAGCUUCAUCCCUGGAGGCAUGAAUGGGUCGGCCAUUGAAAACUUCUCCUGUGUGAUUUAUAACAUUUCCCUCAUGAACUGCACUUGGCAGGCAGGCAGGGAUGCUCCAGGAGAUACCCAAUAUUUUCUCUACUGGCAGAACUCAAGAGAUGACGAUGUGACGGAAUGUGAUCUUUAUAUUAAAGAUGAAACUGGCAGAAACAUGGGAUGUAGAUUCCAUAAUGUGAGGAUAGAGACUGAAAAAGCUUACUUCCUGGUGAAUGGGUCUAGCAAAGACUCCCUGAUCCAGUUCUAUGAUAAGUACAUGGACCUGUAUAAGAUUGAAAUCCUCACUCCUCCAUUAAAUGUCACUGCUAGUUGUACUAGAGAUUCAGAGGGUUGCAUAAUUACAUGGCAACCACCCAUUACAAGUCAUGUGGAAAAUAUAUGGUGUUUUCAGUAUGAAAUUAGCAUACAAAAUAAGGAUGAGCCUGAAAAAAAGAAAAAGGAUUCUCCUGUAAGGAAGAACAGCUACGAAUUCCAAAAUUACAAUGAGAAAAAAAAAUACAAUCUGAAAAUCAGAGCACGUGGAAAAAAUUGCCUCAUAAGCUCAAACUGGGGGCAAUGGAGUGAACCCAUCGAGUUUG